UUCUCCCUCCGCCGUACUAAUAAUUGUUAGUCCACAACCCAGACAUGAACUAAUCAAUAACAUCAACCCCAUUAUCACAAGUUAAGUCAUCCACGUUAAAUCCAUCUAACUAUUAUAAUUACAAUAAACAAACAAAUAAAACCCAGAGUAGAAAAUGACAUUACAUAAUUCCUCAUAUUAAAAACAAAAAAUACGACCAAUUCUGAGCUGAACCCGGCGGAUAUUUCUCUUGAUUCUCUCUCUCCUCUUUCAGACUCACCUUCUUCUCUUUCUUCGUCUCCGCCCACUUCGGUGAAGAAAAAAAAGAUAAUCCAUUGGAUGAGAAUAAUAAGAAUAGAUUCACAAAUUACAUUAAAAUAAAAAAAAAAAUAAAAAAGAGAGAAGGUGGGUAAGAAUAAAAAUUAAAAUUGUUAUAUGGGUGGGAGUGGAACUUUGGUGGAUGGGGUUCGUCGAUGGUUUCAGCGUCGAAAAUUAGAUGAUGCUAAUAUCAGCAGCAGCAAUAAUAGUAGUAGUAAUAGUAGUAGUAGUAGCACCAAAAUUCGUGGACAAGUGUCUGUAAUUCCCGAAUUAAACGCGCAACAAGAAGAGAAAGGGGACCUCAUUAUUGAAACUGAUUUUGACAUUUCUGGGUUGAAACUCAUCAGAGUUCCUAAACGUGCCCACAUUUCUCGUUUCCCUCCUCCCAUGGAUCCUCAAAAAAAGAAUGCAGUGGAAAAUGAGUUCUUUACAGAGUAUGGAGAGGCAAGCCGUUAUCAAGUUCAAGAAAUUAUUGGAAAAGGAAGUUAUGGUAUCGUUGGUUCAGCUGUUGAUACCCAGACAGGAGAGAAGGUAGCAAUUAAGAAGAUCAACGAUGUCUUUGAGCAUGUUUCUGAUGCCACCAGGAUACUGAGGGAAAUUAAGCUCCUACGGCUACUUCGUCAUCCUGAUGUUGUGGAAAUAAAGCACAUUAUGCUCCCCCCAUCUCGAAGAGAAUUUAAGGAUAUCUAUGUAGUUUUUGAGCUGAUGGAAUCUGAUCUGCAUCAAGUAAUUAAGGCGAAUGAUGAUUUAACUCCUGAACAUUAUCAAUUUUUCUUGUAUCAGCUUCUACGCGGACUGAAAUAUAUACAUACAGCAAAUGUUUUCCAUCGAGAUCUAAAGCCUAAAAAUAUCCUUGCUAAUGCGGACUGCAAGCUGAAGAUAUGUGACUUUGGCCUUGCUCGUGUCUCAUUUAAUGAUGCCCCAUCUGCUAUCUUUUGGACGGACUAUGUUGCAACUAGAUGGUAUCGUGCUCCAGAACUCUGUGGCUCCUUUUUCUCUAAGUAUACACCAGCAAUUGAUAUCUGGAGCAUAGGAUGUAUAUUUGCAGAAAUGCUCACUGGAAAACCAUUAUUUCCUGGGAAGAAUGUGGUACAUCAGUUGGACCUCAUGACAGAUCUUCUGGGAACUCCUCCCCCUGAAGGUGUUUCAAGGAUAAGGAAUGAGAAGGCUAGAAGAUAUUUAAGUAGCAUGAGGAAGAAGCCACCAAUCCCGUUUUCCCAAAAAUUCCCAAAUGUAGAUCCAUUGGCUCUUCGCCUCUUAGAGCGCCUUCUUGCAUUUGAUCCCAAAGACCGCCCAAGUGCUGAAGAGGCAUUAACUGAUCCAUACUUCUAUGGAUUGUCGAAUGCGGAUCGGGAACCUUGCAGCAGCUCACCCAUCUCAAAACUGGAAUUUGAAUUCGAACGUAGGAAACUGGCAAAAGAUGAUGUUCGAGAGCUAAUUUAUAGAGAGAUACUAGAGUACCAUCCCCAGAUGCUUCAGGAAUAUCUUUGUGGCCAGGAACAAACUAGCUUCAUGUAUCCUAGUGGAGUUGAUCGUUUUAAGAGACAGUUUGCCCAUCUCGAGGAACCCUUACGUAAAGGCGAGAAAAAUUCACCACUACAGAGGCAGCAUGCCUCUUUGCCUAGGCAGCGAGUUCCUGCACCUAAAAAUGAUGAAACUGAAAAUUAUGACGAUAUGAACCAAGCAAUUCCUCGUACUGUUCUUGAAAGCCCACCCAAGUCGAAUACAGAUGAAUUGGAAAAUGAAAUGCCUCAAACUGGUCAUAACAAAUCAAAUUAUAGUGCGCGCAGCUUGUUGAAGAGUGCCAGUAUUAGUGGCUCCAAAUGUAUUGGGGUGCAAUCCAGAAAAGACCCAGAGGAAGAACCAAUUGAGGAAGUGAACGAGGAGACAAUCGAUGGACUCACCAAAAAAACAACGGCCUUAUAUACCUGAUUAAUCAAGAUGGGCGUGGAUAAUCCCCGAUUAAUCAAGAUGGUCAUGGAUAAUAGGGAUAGAUGUCGUUUUUGAAUUCCCAGAUUUCUCAUGAUUCUGAAUGAAAUCUGUUUGGAAAAAGAUUUUGGACAAUUCUAUUCUAAAGUUUAUGGACCCUUAUGGGUUCUACGUAGAAAUCAACUAUUAGACUUCCCAUUGUCACCCUUCACAAUCUACUGUAAUGUUUGCAUACGCAUUAAAGUGGAUGCAACUAACCUAGUUGAUGCUGUUUUUUCAAAGGUAAUGCCUAACAUCUGGGGUUGGAGUUCGUCAAAA